UACAAACAUUUUUACCCGCCUUUCAUCUUCAUUUUCAUCGAACAGCAACCGUCACUGCGCCCGCGAUUAUGGACGACGAAUUCAAUGAGCCCAUGCACCAUGAAGCUUACGACGGGGAGGAAGAACAGCAGACACAAUCAACCCAAGAGGCCUCCCAGUCACAGUCACAGUCGCCCGGUCAGGCCGUUGACGCGCACCUUUGGGGCUAUCUUCAACCAGUGAACGACAAGCUCAUUCGAAUCGACUUUUGGAGAGCGGAACCUUCUUACACCAUUGGGCGCAACACGACUUGCAACAGGAUCAUCUUUCCGGGUUUCAAAGUUAGUAACAAGCAUUGUACCAUAACUUGGAACGGCAGCGACAGCAACGGCUCGGUGGUCGUUUUAGACCUGUCCAGUAAUGGUACCUUUAUCAACGGUUCAAAGAUUGGCAAAAACAACUCUCGUAUUUUGCGGGACGGUAACGAGAUUGCGUUCGGUACCCCCUCACCUCAACCCAACAACCCUCAUGAAGACUACCGUUUCAUUUACCGCCACGCCGCCAACGGUCCUCCUACGACAGGCCUUUAUGCUUACUACGAUGUCAGCACAGAGCUCGGCAAGGGUUCGUUUGCCACUGUUAUGAAGGCUGUUAACCGGAAAACUGGGGUGUGGUAUGCGGUGAAGAUGAUCAAGGACAAGCGGGCCGCCCACGCUGGGGACAUUAGAAACUCGGCAAUCGCUCGGGAGAUAAGCAUUAUGGAGAAAUUGAAGCAUAGGAACAUCUGUGAACUCAAGGAGGUCUUUAUGGAAGAGGGCAGUAGUGAUAUCAACCUUGUUUUGGAACUUGUAGAGGGUGGCGACCUGCUAGAAUACAUUCUUAAUCGUGGGGGCCUUAGUGAGGUGGACGCAAAGCAUAUCACACACCAAAUCUGCUCCGCACUAUCGUACAUCCACCAACAAGGCAUCGCCCACCGUGACUUGAAGCCAGAGAAUGUCCUUCUGACCAAGUCGAACCCUCCUGUGGUCAAGGUUGCCGACUUCGGCUUGGCCAAGAUCGUUGAUAGUUUGACGAUGCUUCGCACUAUGUGCGGCACGCCAAGCUAUCUCGCUCCCGAGGUCGUCAAGCAGGUUAAUCAAGAGGGCUACGACAAUCUAGUCGAUAGUUGGAGCGUUGGCGUCAUCGUGUUCUCAAUGCUAACCAACGCGAGUCCGUUCAUCGAGGACGAGACGCAGCGAGAUAUUCGCACUCGGAUAGCCGAGCGUCGCAUUGACUGGUCCGUUUUGGAAGCUCAAAACCCUUCAGCCGAAUGCAUCCAUUUCAUUCGUUCCCUUUUGCAGGAGGAUCCUUCGGUCCGCAUGUCAUUGACGCAAGCUCUGGACCAUCCGUGGCUGCAGUCAUACAUUCCCGUGCACCAAUCGCAAGACCAAUACCUUCUCGCCGGGGUCUCUUCUUCCCCUGAUGUAACCUCCCCGAGCGCUGGCGUCAGCCAUGAUUUUAUCGGGCUCCAAAUCCAACCCUCUGCUCCCAGGCGUGAAGGGUCCCGCGGAGCUCCUCUCCAAAGGCGAAGCCACGUCCUGUCCCAAGCUGCCGAAGAAGGUCGACCCGUACCAGAACCAUCUCCCGAGAUGAUUGCACAGGCCACCAGGUCCCCCAGGGAUCAGACUAAGCGUAACAAGCGUGUUCGUGGCAAUCUGACACCUCUCCAGGAAGAAUCGGAUGCUUCAGGGUCUUCUGGCAACAGGGCUGGGUCGUCUUCCUCGAACGGAAAAGCGAACAAGCGUCCUCGUCUUAGGUCCGCCGCCGACGACGACUCAGAUUACGAUUAA